AUGAGAUUUCUUUCUUCCUCUCUGUUCAGAGCCAAGAAGGUGCCAACUGUACCGGAGAGCCUGCUGAAAAAGCGGCAGGCUUAUGCAGCCAUAAAAGCCAAACGUCAGAAGAAGAUAUUGGCUAUAAAAAAGCACCGCCGGGCACAGAGGAAGCUGAUCUAUGCGCGAGCCCAGGCGUACCACAAGGAGUACAGGCACAUGUACAGGCAGGAGAUCCGCAUGGCCAGGAUGGCCCGAAAGGCUGGCAACUACUACGUGCCCGCAGAGCCGAAACUGGCGUUUGUCAUCAGGAUAAGAGGCACCAACGGCGUCAGCCCCAAGGUCCGCAAGGUGCUGCAGCUGCUGCGCCUGCGCCAGAUCUUCAACGGCACGUUCGUGAAGCUGAACAAGGCCUCCAUCAACAUGCUGCGCAUCGUGGAGCCCUACAUUGCCUGGGGUUACCCCAAUCUGAAGUCUGUGCAUGAGCUGAUCUACAAGCGUGGCUACGGCAAGAUCAACAAGCAGCGUAUUGCCCUCACGGACAACUCCCUGAUCCAGAAACGCCUGGGAAAGCUUGGCAUCAUCUGCAUGGAAGAUGUGAUCCAUGAAAUUUACACUGUUGGCAAGAACUUCAAAGUUGUGAACAACUUCCUUUGGCCCUUCAAGUUAUCCUCUCCUCGGGGUGGAAUGAAGAAGAAAACAAUCCACUUCGUGGAAGGUGGGGAUGCUGGUAACAGAGAAGAUCAGAUCAACAGACUCAUAAGGAGGAUGAACUAAUGGUGAGAUACUACCA